AUGCUGCUGCUGCCGGCCAAUGAGCGUGCGCAUUUUAGUCAGUACAAGAGUGCUAAGACCCUGUACGAUGCUGUAGUUGCACGCUACUCUUCCCCUGCCACCGCUGCCCUUAGCCGCCUCAUGCUGCCGUACCUGUUCCCUGACCUCGCUGCCUUUCCCACAGUCGCUGACCUCGUUACGCACCUUCGCACUAGCGACACCCGCUACCACGCUGCGCUCCCUGCUGAGUUCUGCGCCAAGAACCCCCCGCCCAUGUACAUCACCCUCUACUAUAUAGUCACCCGGCUCCCUGACUCCCUUCGCUCGGUCUGGGACCACUUCCUCUCUGUUUGCCCCACCACACUCACCGUUGACCUCCUUGAGGAGCGCCUCCUGGCAGCUGAGAAGAGUGUAGUCGCUGUUGGAGCCUCUCGUGAUGACCCUCGUACCCCCUUCUUUGAGGGGUGCUCCCCAUCCCCCCCUUUGCCCUCUGUUGCCUCUACUUCUGCCCCUAGUGGGAGACGCCGCACAGGCAAGGACAAGGGGGGCAAGGGUGCUGGAGGGGCUGGCGGGGGCGGUGGAGGUGGUGGUGGAGGCGGCGGAGGGGAUGGGGGUGCCGGUGGGAGUGGUGGCGGGGGUGGGGGCGUCGGUGGUGGCGGUGGAGGCGGAGGCGGCGGCGGUGGCAGUGGCGGUGGGAGCGGAGGAGGCGGCGGUGGCGGCGGUGGUGGAGGUGGCGGCGGUAGUGGUGGAGUUAGUCGGGGUGGCUCUGCGCAGAGGGGCGGCUCCGUUGGUGGUCAGGGCCAGCAGCAGCAGCGCACUCGUGAGACCCCGCCCCCCCAGCAGCUUCGUGAGUGUGCGGUGGCCCGCACACCGCCCAGCGCUGCUUAG